CAUCCGCCGUAAAUAACAACAAGGAAGUGGAAAGAGAAGUCCCGAGGUGCAAGAAUGCAACAGUCACUCUAAAAUAUUAAAAGUGAUUUCUAAUUUUGUAAGCACUCAAAUCCGGAUUAUUAUGCAAUAGUUUCAAUUUCUCACAAGCAACACAAUGGAGGGCUCCAAGUCGUCGAGCACAACCAUGCAGGUCAGCUUCGUGUGUCAGCGGUGCUGUCAGCCGCUUAAACUGGACACAUCUUUCAACGUGCUCGACCGGGUUACAUUCCAGGAACUCAUCGCUCCGUUGGUCACAGUGACUCCCAGCAAACAGGCUGACAGGAAUGUGGGAGAAACCGCACCAGAGGAGACCUUUGCAGAGAACAAGCAAGAUGGAGUGUCAAGGAAAUACAUCCCUCCUGCACGGAUGAUGUCAACUGAGAGCGCCAACAGCUUCACACUGAUUGGAGAAGCAUCAGAUGGGGGCACCAUGGAAAAUCUUAGUCGUAGACUGAAGGUGACCAGUGACCUGUUUGACAUCAUGUCGGGCCAGACGGACGUGGACCACCCGCUGUGUGAGGAAUGCACUGACACGCUCCUUGAUCACCUGGACACGCAGCUCAACAUCACGGAGAACGAAUGCCAGAAUUACAAGCAGUGCCUUGAGCUGCUGUCACACCUGCAGGUGGAGGGAGAGGAGACCCUGCUGGCAGAGCUGCGUCAGCUGAACGAGGAGGAGGAGGUUCUGGUCCAGGAGCUGGAGACGGUGGAGGAGCAGAGGGCUGCUGUGUCCCAGGAGCUGAACCAGAGCAGGGUCCACUCUCAGCAGCUGGACACAGAGGAGCUACAGUACCAGAAGGAGUACAGCGAGUUUAAGCGGCAGCAGCUGGAGCUGGAUGACGAGCUGAAGAGUGUUGACAACCAGAUGCGUUACUGCCAGAUUCAGCUAGAUCGUCUGAAAAAGACAAACGUCUUCAACGCCACUUUUCACAUCUGGCACAGCGGCCAGUUUGGAACCAUAAACAACUUCCGCCUGGGUCGACUUCCCAGCGUCCCAGUGGAGUGGAAUGAGAUUAACGCCGCCUGGGGGCAGACAGUGCUGCUGCUGCACGCUCUGGCCAAUAAAAUGGGACUGCGCUUCCAGAGGUAUCGUCUCGUCCCGUAUGGAAACCACUCGUACUUAGAGUCACUGACCGACAAGUCCAAGGAACUUCCUCUGUACUGCUCAGGUGGCCUGAGGUUCUUCUGGGACAAUAAAUUCGACCACGCCAUGGUGGCUUUUCUGGACUGUGUCCAGCAAUUCAAAGAGGAGGUGGAAAAAGGAGACACUGGCUUCUGUCUCCCAUACAGGAUGGAUGUGGAGAAGGGCAAGAUCGAGGACACAGGUGGCAGCGGUGGCUCCUACUCCAUCAAAACGCAAUUCAACUCCGAGGAGCAGUGGACUAAGGCGCUCAAGUUUAUGCUCACCAACCUGAAGUGGGGACUGGCUUGGGUGACCUCACAGUUCUACAACAGAUAAGACUUUCUGGACAAUGCCUUUGAGAUUUAGCAUAUGCUUCUCUUGUGGAUGGAUGUUGCGCGAGUCUUCUUACUUGCCAAAGGAAAAUAAAUGGUUUUGUGUGAUGAAGUAAUGUUGUAGAUCUUUGGUCCAGAUUGUCUGUGUUUUUACACGUUAUAAAGCAGUUAAUUUAGCAUCUUGUACAAUGUCGAGUUAAUGAAUUGAGGGCCCACUUUGGAAGUAUUAAUGACUUAUUUGUUAUCACCUCUUCCUCAGAUACCAGGAUGAUACAAUAACUCGUGCUUCUCUUAAUUUCUUUUUAUCGCCUGCCUCUGCCAGCUAUUUACUAUUUGGCUUUUUCUGAAACGCUGACGUAGCGUUAAACACACCGCACUGCAAUGUCCCAAUUACUUGAGCUGCAAGAGUUGGAUGUGAUAAUUAUGAUCAUGGUCGGAUUUGUAAUAGCCUCACAGUUUAGUAUUUCAUUCACCUCGAAUGCAGUCAUCACGUUUGGCACUUUAAAUAUACACCAAUACAUCUCCUUUGUGUUCACACUCGGCACCAUAACAUGUUUGUUUGUUUUAGACACAAUGGACAUUAAAAAAAUAGUGGGAUUUGAGGAAA